AUGGAGGUCAACUCCACAGAAGCCAGCAGCAGCUCCCAGGGAGGCACCAGCUGUCUGGAUCUUACCCUUGUCACCUUCACUGAAACAGUGACUUUCACAGAAGUGGUGGCAGAAGAGGAGUGGGGAUCCUUUUACUAUUCCUUUAAGACAGAGCAGCUGGUGACUCUUUGGGUUCUCUUUAUUGUCACAAUUGCUGGAAAUGCCACUGUGCUUUUCUCUACCUGGAGGAGGAAGAGAAAAUCUCGAAUGACCUACUUUGUUACUCAGCUGGCAAUCACAGAUUCAUUCACAGGACUCAUCAACAUAAUGACUGACAUCAUUUGGCGCUACACUGGAGAUUUUAUGGCUCCUGACAUCGUUUGCAGGGUCGUUCGCUACUUCCAGGUGGUCCUUCUCUAUGCCUCAACUUACGUCCUCGUGUCACUAAGCAUAGACCGAUAUCACGCCAUAGUUUACCCCAUGAAGUUCUUGCAAGGAGAAAGGCAGGCGAAAGUGCUCAUUGGAGUGGCCUGGAGCCUCUCUUUCCUGUUUUCCAUCCCAACUCUGAUUAUUUUUGGGAAACGGCAGCUCUCCAAUGGGGAAGUGCAGUGCUGGGCUCUCUGGCCUGAUGAGUCCUACUGGAUCCCCUACAUGACAGUUGUGGCUUUCCUGGUGUAUUUCAUUCCUCUGAUCAUUAUCAGCGUCAUAUACUCAAUUGUGAUUCAAACCAUCUGGAUGAAGAGCAAAGCUCAGGCUGCCAUCAUAUCCAGCUGUCCUGGUGGCAAAACCUCCCGUGGCUACACCAGUCGUGGGUUCAUAUCCAGGGCAAAGGUGAAAGCGAUCAAAUACAGCAUUGUAAUCAUCCUUGCAUUUAUUCUCUGCUGGAGCCCUUACUUUCUUUUUGAUAUCCUGGACAACUUCAACAUACUCCCUGAGACCAAAGAGCGCUUCUACGCAUCUGUGAUUAUUCAGAACCUGCCAGCCUUGAACAGUGCUGUCAACCCCCUCAUCUACUGCUUCUUCAGCAACAGCCUCUGCCCCCCUUCUGAGGAAAGAAGAACUCAAAGGCUGGGGGGGACUUUCCGGGAAAGGAGCGAUGGAGGGCAGCAGAUGCAGGUCCUGUCAAAACCAGAAUGCAUCUAGCACAAACAAUGUUCUGCAAAGCCACACUGGCACCUGCACAGAGGAAAACAUAGGUCCCCCACAAGCCCUGUGAAGUGGAUGGACACUUACUGGCAGGAGCCUGCACCUUGUGCUCUUGUGCACCUCAUAGACAUGUGUUUUGGGUGGGCACUGCAGCCUCAUUAAGUGCACACUGCCAGUGCCAAGGUCAGUAUGAGGGGUUUGCAUGCCUCUGUUGUGAGGCUUCAUCUUAACCCUCUGUUUAAAGCAAGCUGUAAUCUAUGUGCUCCAAACAGAAAAAAUAAUUGUAAAUGGUGUAAAUGGUGUCUAGUCAGAGUUUUCUCUACUUUUCAGGAGUCACUAAAAGCCAUCUACUGCACCAUCUGGCUCUUAUAACUGAUAGAGUGUUUACAAGCAAUUACAAAGCAAGGACUCCAGCUAAAAUGAAAACACAGGCACUUUUCCAAUGAGAAAACACCAUUGUCACUCUAUGUAAUUAUAUCUGGGUUUCAUACAGAGCCACUUACAAAGUCAUAGCCAGAGAAGACAGGAAUGGAUAGCUGGGAUACUGCCUGCCACAUCACCUCACCCAGUUUCUCAGCUCACACCAGCAGCACUGUCCCUGUAUCUCUUCCUCCCCUUCCAGUGUGAUAUUUCCCUGCUGUCCUACCUUGGCACACCAGUGGCUCCCCAGUGCUCCAGCAGGACUCACACAUGACACAUCUGGACAGCCAUUUAUUUCUGGGCUACUGGUGAAUGGUUCACAAACUCUUCCCAAAACCCAUGUUGCACCCCAGGCAGAUCCUUCCUCACUUCUGUGGCAAAGGCCCUGAGCAGCCUCCAGGAUCCUAUGGGGAGCUGCCAUGCAGGGCACAGAUCUUUCUCACCACCCACAUGCCAGCAUUUCCCUAUCCUGUACCACUGUAAAUCAUCCCUCUCACUUAAAUCACGCAAGGAGCCACACACAUCUUUGCACAAACUCAGAGCUGGAAAAAGACCCAAGCAAAACCACAAAACAUGAAUUAAAUUUAGAAAAAAAAAAAAUCUGUUGAUGGUCCAGUCUUGUGAACUCAUUGUAGAUUUCACAGGGGACCAAUGGUCAUGCAGAACCUUGCUGCUGAGCACCCAAGCACCUGGGCAUCCCCUUUCCCCAGCCCUCUGAGCAUCUUCCCACCAUACUGUUCUCAAAUGUAAGAAAAAAUUGCUCAUGCAGGUGUGGGGAGGGGAGGUGGUAUGAAUUUCAAUGUUCAUUUUACUACAAGGUAGCUUGAAGUGUUUGUAUUAAAAAUGCACUCUAACCAGCUGUAUGGCAACUGAGUUUGUUACCUCUCAGUGAAAAAAUUCUUCUUACUUAAGUGGACUCAGUUUAAAAAGGGGCUUUUAUUAUUAUGAUCUUUUGCAAUGAGUUUGCUCCCUGUAAAGCAAGAACUGAAUAAAAUUUAUUUAUAAUUACCUGUAUUACAAAAAUACAUUUUCCUAAGUAGGAGACAUAUAAAAUCAUGGGGCUUUAUGUUCUCAGGAAAAUAAAUAAGGUAUCUCUUUUUA